AUAAAAUAGAUUUGAAAACCGACAUCACAUCGCGAUCCAUCCACCACGCAUGGAUAGAUACAAACCGAACCGAUGUUGCGAAGCCCAACACACUAUUUAAUUUCUUCCAUUUUGGCCAUUUCCUCUUCCACACCCAAAUUUUGCAAGAUCCAAGAGGCUAAAAGGCGAGAAGAACAAGAUAUAUAUUCGACACAUUCUCGGAGUAAAAGCAAAGACUAAUAACAGUUGAGAGAAGGUGUGUUUGUAUGGGCUGCUCUCUGUCGAAGAAGAAGAAGAAGAAUGCAAUACGACCGCCAGGAUAUGAGGAUCCUGACCUUCUUGCCUCCGUUACGCCGUGGACAAUAGUUACGGUAGCAGAAGUGGAGGCUUUGUAUGAACUGUUCAUGAAGCUAAGCAGCUCAAUUAUCGACGACGGUCUUAUUCAUAAGGAAGAAUUUCAGCUCGCUUUAUUCAGAAAUAGGAAACGGAAGAACCUUUUCGCUGAUCGGAUAUUUGACGUAUUUGAUGUGAAGCGAAAUGGAGUGAUCGAGUUUGGGGAAUUUGUUAGGUCUUUAGGCGUCUUCCAUCCAAAUGCACCUGUCCAUGAAAAAAUCAAAUUUGCUUUCAAAUUGUACGAUUUACGGCAAACUGGAUUCAUCGAACGAGAAGAAUUGAAAGAGAUGGUAAUCGCGCUUCUUCACGAAUCUGAACUUGUUCUUUCCGAAGAUAUGAUCGAAGUAAUGGUAGAUAAGGCGUUUAUCGAAGCAGAUCGCAAGAACGACGGGAAAAUUGACAUAGAUGAAUGGAAAGAUUUUGUGUCAAAAAAUCCGUCGCUCAUCAAGAACAUGACUUUGCCGUAUCUAAAGGACAUAAAGGGGACGUUUCCAAGUUUCGUUUCAUCUAGCGAAGACGAAGAUUUGGAGUUGCAAAACCUAUAUUUCUAACCCCAAACUUCUGGCCUUCUUCUCUGCUUUUCUUUUUGAAUAUUUUUGUACAAAAUCGUAAAGAGGACGAUAGAGAUAUAAGUUAGGAUUUGGAAAUCGGCAAAUAGCUGCAAUAAAUCAAUCUUGACAAGGGAUCUUGGAGUUGUCUUGUGUUGUAUAUUUCUGCGUACUUCGCUAGUUUUGAUCCUUCAUUUUAUGUGGAACAUUUGAUUCUCCAUUUGACAUAUAGUAGUUAACAUUUAAAUCAGUUCAUUAUACUGAUAUCAUAUUAUAUAUACUAACUAAUUAGUUCAUUUGAUGAUAA